ACAGUCACAGGCCAGUGCUUCUGCUGUUCUGUAGGAGACUCAGGGGCCCAGAGCCCACACACACCUUUAUUGUUUUACUGCUUUACAGUGUGUAGCAUCAGUGUGGCUCCUCCCAGUCUCUCUUAAAUGCACGGAGCGCCUUCAGCCCGGUGCAGAAUCAUGAACGUGGAGCUGUAGGACGCCACUCUGUAGAAAGCGCACGAGCCUGAGUUUCUUUGGAUCGUUUAGACUAACCAAGAAGCUUCAGCCAUGAAGACUAUCCUCGCUGCCUACUCUGGCGUCCUGAAAGGCACAGGCUCCAGCAUCCUGUCUGCCCUCCAGGACGUGCCCUCGGCCCUGUGGCCCUGCCGAUCCAAAAUGGAGAAACAUCUGCAGCUCAUCUCUGUGCUACAAUGGGUCCUCAGCUUCUUGGCUCUAGGAGCUGCCUGCACCGUUCUGUUGUUUUACAUGUUCCUCACUGAUUGCUGGUUGAUCGCUGCCAUCUACACCGCCUGGCUCAUCUUCGACUGGAACACACCUAAACAAGGUGGGCGAAGAUCAUCUUGGGUGAGAAACUGGACAGUCUGGACCUACUUCAGAGACUACUUCCCAAUUAGACUUAUUAAAACCUACAACUUGUCACCCAGUCGGAACUACAUCUUUGGCUACCACCCUCAUGGGAUCUUUUGUUUUGGAGCGUUUUGUAAUUUUGGAACAGAAGCAACUGGAUUCUCAAAAAAAUUCCCUGGCAUCAAACCUUCACUGGCGACGCUGGCUGGGAACUUCCGCUUACCUGUUCUUCGGGACUACCUGAUGUCUGGAGGUAUCUGCCCAGUGAACAGAAACUCCAUAGACUACCUGCUGUCCUGUAAUGGAACUGGGAACGCAGUCGUCAUUGUAGUUGGAGGGGCUGCGGAGUCUCUGGAUUGUGCACCAGGCAUGAAUUCUGUGACCCUCAAGAAUCGCAAAGGGUUUGUCAAGCUGGCCCUGCAGAAAGGGUCUGACCUUGUUCCAGUCUAUUCCUUUGGGGAGAAUGAUGCCUACAAACAGGUGAUAUUUGAAGAGGGGACAUGGUGGAGAGCGCUACAGAAGAGGUUGCAGAAAGUGUUGGGUUUUGCUCCCUGUGUUUUUCAUGGAUGUGGCCUCAUUUUUGGUGACUCUUGGGGAAUUGUGCCUUAUGGCAAGCCAAUCACAACUAUAGUUGGGGAGCCAGUCACCGUGCCUAAAAUUGAAGAUCCAACUGAGGAUAUAGUAGAUUUGUACCAUUCAAUGUACGUCAAGUCCCUACAGUGCCUUUUUGACAAGUACAAGACUCGCUUUGGCCUUAAAGAAAGUGAUGUUUUGUAUAUACGAUAAGAAAGGACUGACCCAGCGGGGAAAAUAACCGAGCCAUUGUCUAUAUAUGAUUUUCCCCCCAAUCAAGGUACACAGUUUGCAUUGUCCGUACACUGCACAUACUAAAAUACUUUGAACUUUGCUCUCAUAGUACACAGUAUAACCAUCGUUCCUGUUGGGAGAUAAAGUGGGAAAGUGGGAAUCUAAUCCUGAGGUUGUUUAAAUGUAUUUAGACCCAUCUAUUUUCAUUUAAUAUUUGAAGCGUUUCUACCCAUAUGAAGUAUAUUAAGCUUAUUAAGAGUGCAGUUUGGCUGUAAUCUGCUGGGGGGGGCUGAAAUGUUAUAAAGAUUUCUAAGUGCCUUUUUUCUUAUGCAUCUACCAUAAGCUCUUAUAGUAGGAAAUGCUAAAAAGCACAAGCAAUGCAAAGGAAAAUAUAAUUCAAAAAUCAAAUUAACAAGUAAAUGUUAAUUUUGAAUAUGCCUGUGAAUAAGUAUUGCCAUGAAGUAUUAAUUAUAUUUUUUUAAAUGGAAAGAGGCCAGUGUGCUUGUUCCAUUAAUGUAAUGCACUUUUGUACUACUGAUGAAUUUCACCAAAGGAUUUUCUGUUUAAACUAUUUGUUUAAGUGGAACUGUGUCUAGGUUGGCCUUGUGGUUAUGUCUCAAGAUUGGCUGGUUUUGUGCAGAUUAUGCUGUGAGGGUUAUUAUGCAAGAUUUGUAUCCACAUUUAAAAGAAAGUAUUUAAAGAUUAGAUAUGGUGGAAACUGGAAGGUUUUGUGACAGUUUAUUCUUGUUUGAAAUUACCCUGUGAAAAAAUAUAAACUAUCUUCAGAUAAUUUCAAAAAUUAAAACAAUAAGAGUGUAUUGUCCAGAAAAUCCGGUGUAAUGUUGUGCACGCAAUAAACCAAAAAUGGGUUGCCAUAUUUGUUCAUCAGUAUUUAAAUUAAACUUUUGUACAUUUUCAGAAA